GCCGGCAGUUGGUCGGUGUCCGCACAUAUAGUCUCUCCACUAUCUAAAGGCCUAUUCAAGAGGGCUAUUAUGGAGAGCGGGGCCCAUAUGUAUAAUAAGGACAGGGAUGUGAUCAGUAAACCGGAGGCCUUAGCGAAUGCCCAGAAAGUGGCGGAACAACUGAAAUGCAAUACAACUGAACAAUGGAUACAAUGUUUACGAGGAGUGGACGCAAAGGAAUUUCUAAAAACCGAGUCUUUCCCCACAUUUCCAGUCGAAGGCACAGAAUUUCUGCCCAUUUCUGAACAAAAGGCUUUUGAGGCCAAAAAGUUUAAUUCCGAUGAGGCCUCAGGGAUGUUAAACCAGAUGUUCCCCGACGUACACAACCUGACUGUCGAGGAAUUCAAGUUUUUGGUGUCGACUAUCAAUCAAAUGUAUCAUGGAUUAGACGCCGAAAAUGUGACACAAUUUUACUUCAAGAAUAUUGACCCGAAAGAUCCCGGAGCCAGUGUACGAGCGUUCGAAGUCAAAAAUGUGUACUCAUAUGAGUUGACGUUUGAAAGUCAAUUCAUGACUAAUGCCACUGGAUGUCCACCGGGAAUGGUAUGUCAUAGCGCUGACAUACCAUUUGUAUUUGGGAGACCAUUCAUUAAUCCGGAUCUAUUCAGUCACGAAGAGACUGUUUUCAGUAGAGAUAUCAUGAAAAUGUGGACCAAUUUUGCUAAAACUGGUAAACCGGAUGACAUUUGGCCGCAACUAUUGGUCAGAAAUGAGAUUUCAGUCCGUGAUUUGAAUCCAAGGAAUAUGAGUCGAGUAUUGGAUAAUCCCUUUCACACCACUUGUGAUGGCUUUUGGAAAGACUAUUAUUUGUAAUUUAUAAGCAUUAAUGUGCUACUGUAUAGCAAAUUAUCAAUAAAAUACAAUAUUACGCUAAAAGAUUUAGACAUAAAUUACAAUCAUAAUGAAAAUAAUAAAUGUAAUUUCAUAGUUUUGAUCCCA